CCAUGGAGAACCUGCCAUCCAGCUUCAUAACCGCGCCGAGCCGCCAUGGAGAACCUGCCAUCCAGCUUCAUAACCGCGCCGAGCCGCCAUGGAGAACCUGCCAUCCAGCUUCAUAACCGCGCCGAGCCGCCAUGGAGAACCUGCCAUCCAGCUUCAUAACCGCGCCGAGCCGCCAUGGAGAACCUGCCAUCCAGCUUCAUAACCGCGCCGAGCCGCCAUGGAGAACCUGCCAUCCAGCUUCAUAACCGCGCCGAGCCGCCAUGGAGAACCUGCCAUCCAGCUUCAUAACCGCGCCGAGCCGCCAUGGAGAACCUGCCAUCCAGCUUCAUAACCGCGCCGAGCCGCCCUCGCUUCCACAGGGAGGCCAGCCAAGGAUACGCGCCGAUUCAUCCAGGCACGCCUUCGGCUGGGACGCGCUCACCUCGGCACCGGACAGAGAGAGGGCUGGCUGGGGUCGCUGCUGAUCUUACUAGACGCUGUCUCAAGCUGUUUAAACUAUUUAGUUUGGCUUGAAAUGUUUAUUUUUAAUAAUUUGUGAGUUUUGUGUUUGUUUAUUGCCUGCACGUAGUUCCGGGAAAGGGAAAGCAUCGCAUUUCUCCGUUGAAUUUCACACAGAGUGGAGCGCGUCAGUCUCUGCAGACAGGUUGAGCUUUUCAGUGAGAUUAUUUACUGAGAAACAAACGCGUUUCAAUUCCAGCAGAGCUGUACGGACGCUACUGCUUGCCAAGUCUGUUUGUGAUGGAUAUAUUUGAAUGGGAAGGAUAAGAUAAAACAAAUAUAUCUUACUAAAUACAAACCGAAGCGGUGUUUGUGGAUGAGCGGAGGAUUCUGCUAGACCAGGCUCCCACUAAAACCAGUGCAGAUGGAGGUCAGCGUCUCCGUGUCGCUCUUUCAAGAGCAGCUCGCCUCUCCCGUCGAGCGCGCAGUGAAAGCGGCUGUGGACUCCGUCUUGGGUGAGGUUACUAAAAUUGUCGGCAGCAAAUUCACUGAGUUUCAAGUGGAAAUGUCUGGAAUGAGGAGAGAGAAUGAAAGUCUGAAGCUGAGAUUGGAAAUAUCAGAGAGCGAGCUGAGAGCCGUGCGAGGGUGUAUAAACACUGCAGAUACAAACAUGAAACAGGCUUUCAUAUUUCACGAUCCCGGAGAGAGCCACGCUAUCCCUGAAUCUGAAGCACAGGAGGAGCCAAAGAUAGAAGCAGUUUCCACACAAGAGGAGUUCUUUGAGCAGGAGUGCUGUGCAAGUCUAAUGCAGGUUACAGAGCUGCCGUUUGUUAAAGAUGAAGAGGUCCCUGAACAGGAAUGUGUUCCUGUCAAAGCAGAGUUCAUAGAGCAGGAAUGUGUCUCCAUCACAGAGGAACUUCCUGCUGAAAAUAAUGCCUGUACACUUCAGGAGAACAAGAAGCUGGGAUCCAGCCUGUGUGAUGAUUCUCCAUCUGAAUGUGAACUGGGAUUUAGAGGUAACCCUACAAAACAAGCAGCACUGAGCUGCCUAUUCAUCUUGCAGAGCCUGCUGCUGAACACCAGCAGCGUGCUUCACAUUCAUAUUUUAACCAGGGGGAGCUGCCCAACCACUCUGUCAACAAGGACAUAACUGUGCUCGCUCCUGAGGCAGCUGCUAGAUGUGCAGCCACUGCCCCGCCUCUUUAGAAUGCUGUUAGAUCAGCGAUAUCCAAUCACGUUCCUGCAGGCCAUUCCACUCCACAUUGAACACAUUCACUUCUAUAAAGUGCUGCUCCUGUGCCUGGAUGGAUGGUUAAUUGGUUCAAGGAGUGGAACAGCCAGCUUUGGACACCCCUUGACACCCCAUUUCUGGUAGCCUGUUUGCAGUUGUGCUGCUCCCACAGCUUUACAGAGCUGCAGGGAUCACAUGUCCCAUCACUGGGUGAUGUCACAUCCAGUCGAGUUGCUUAGCGUCCCCAGAAGAAACAUUUCAAUAGAGAAUUUCUGUGCAGAGUCUGCAGCAGCAUCGACAAAAUGAGAGUGAACCCAUAUUCUAUGAGAUUGAAAACCAACAGUCUUAUUGUAUUUCUCACACUAUUCAAAUAGUAUCAUUUUUAAAUGCUCAUCUCACUACAGCUAUCCCAGGGACUGUAAUGUUUGCUCGCAGCGCCUCAUUUCCCUCUUGUGCGUCUCACAGUAAGCAUUGCUGUGUUAUUAUUGUCACAGUACAGUAAGUACGUGUGUGGAGGGGUUCUGUACAGCAGACAAGCGAAUCAGUUUCAGGUGUGAGGGGGAAUUGUGGUUUUACCAGAUCUGUGCACUACAGAUAUUUUACACAAAAAUCAUAAACAGAGAAAUUUGUUGUGGAAAAACAACCCCCCUGCAGCCCUGCAUAGUUCUACAUGUCGUCUGUCUUCAAUACAGGCAGAAUAAAAAGGCCAGGUGCAGUGCGUGGGAUUGCAAAUGGGAUUUCUGUUUUUAGAAGGACAGCAAAUAUUAAUUAUCAAAAAACUAUUUCAAAUCUUACAUAAAUAGCAAUACUAUCACCAUGCAGGUAGUAAAUAACUUGGUUAUAUAGAGUCAGGAUUUUUCAAUAUUCCAGUUUAAACAGUCUAAAAGCAGGUGGAUUUUCAUUUUCCACGUCACUAACAUGCUGACAUCAUUCUUGCUGUGACUGACACUGGCGGGACACUAGCUGGUAAAAGAAUCUGCCUCAUCUCAAGCAGCCAAUCACUGAACUGCUUGUUCGCUUGUGUUCAACACACAGACACAACACCGAGAUGACGCGUUGGUGUGUUUCCAGGAACAUCUCAUUAAAAUAGUCAGGAAAGUUGACAUAGCCAUGGAUUUUUCCCGGCUCCCAGCUUUGAUCUACAUUCCUGAAUAUGCUGAUAGUAAAUGGAGGCUGAGAUGAACAGGAGUGAUAUGAAGUGGGUCUGACUGUAUUCUCUCCAUACAUGGUCAUCAGAGUUCACUCUAGUUGUCAUGUUUAUGACAUGAAGCCCUGCAGAACAGUGCAUGUGGAAGAAUGCUGUACAAUAACCUUUCUCUCUCUUUCUUUAGCAUCUUCUAAAGUAGAUGAAGGAGAACGUGAAUCCACUCCGUCACCCCAGUGCAAAAAUCCUUCUAGUGGCAAACCACAGCACAAGAAACUCAGAGAGACGACACCCCAAGAAGAACAUGUGAAGACAUGGAGAACUCACUCAGUUAAAAUCCUUUCUUUACAAGACAGACACCUACUUACAGUGGAGAGUAGAGAGACGCCACAUUCUGCAUGUUUUAAUAGUUCUGAAACCCAAGGCAACUUGAAGACCUUGCCUCAUUCUAUUAAAGGUGGGAAGAGUUCCUGUCAAUUAGACGUUCCUGAAACUUACAAGGGAAAUCACACAGGAGAGACUACAUUUUCCAGGGCUGAUUGUGGGAAGAGCUUCAGUCAUAAUUCACUGCUUAAAAGACACCAGCGUAGUCACACAGGAGAGCAAUCUUCCCAUAUACAGUACAGUGAUAAGAGUUUCACACAGUUAGGAAAUCUUCAUUCACAACAGCGCAUUCACACAGGAGAGAAUCCUUAUCACUGUUCUGAGUGUGAGAAGACAUUCAAUCACUUAGGAAACCUUAAAGUCCACCAGCGCAUUCACACAGGAGAGAAACCUUAUAACUGUGCUGUUUGUGGGAAGAGAUUCACCCAGUUAGGAAACCUUAAAAUCCACCAGCGCAUUCACACAGGAGAGAAACCUCAUCACUGUGCUGUUUGUGGGAAGAGAUUCAGCCAGUUAGGAGACCUUAAAAGACACUAUAAAAUUCACACAGGAGAGAAACCUCAUCACUGUGCUGUUUGUGGGAAGAGAUUCAGUCAGUUAGGAGACCUUAAAAGACACCAUAAAAUUCACACAGGUGUGUAAUCCUUUCCCUGCACUUAAUGUGUGAAGAAGUUAAGUCAGCUGCUGGCUCUUACAGGACUUGAACUUUCUCAGAAUUGUAGACACCUGAACAACAGGAGGAUAUUUGACUAAAUACUGAAAUAUUUACUGAAAACAAAAGAAUAAACCUGCUGGAUAAACAGGGUCACCCCCAUGGCCUUAACUAGCUAUGAGGACACCGGGGUCGAGUCCGCGCUGCUUUUAUUUUUUAUUUUUUUGCAUCU